CCCAAAACCAAAAAUUACACAGAAUUCCAACCGGGAAAAAACAAACCUAAACCAGCUUUCCCUCGCUUGCCUCGUUCUAGCCGGCGCUCACGGAGCAACCCUAGCCGCCGCCGCCCGCCGCGCCGUCGUCGUCAGCCACUCCACUCUCCGGUCACCGCUGCCUCUCAUAUUCCUUUGUUUCUCUAUCGAAUGCAUGGCUCCUCUGCUUGUUGGUCUUUGAAUUGUUUCAAGCAAGCUCGGUGGCGAUUUGAUGGAUCUUUCAACUUUGAUUGAACGACUGAGGAUGAGAAUUACUAAGAACUGUUCUGUUUAGGAUAUCAAUUUGAAACCUUUUUUGUUCUGCAGAAAAUCAUCAUGACGGCUGUCAAUGCUGAGUUAACCCGAGCGAUUGGAGCAGCCAUUAGGCCAUCUUCGAGAAAAAUCGAUUUCUCCCAUCGAGCUGUAGAUAGGUGUGCGUUUAAUCCUUCCUUCGAGCGACGCUCACUCCAAGCAGUAGGAGUUACUGGUGCAGCUAAAAACAGAGCCUUUGCCAUGGGAAAUGGAAGUGGGAGCGUAGAUGGGUCUAGUGGCGGGCUGACUUACAAGGAUGCCGGUGUAGAUAUCGACGCUGGGACCGAACUCGUGAGGAGGAUUGCUAAGAUGGCCCCUGGAAUUGGUGGUUUCGGUGGUCUGUUCCCCCUCGGGGAUUCAUAUCUUGUUGCUGGUACAGAUGGAGUGGGUACCAAAUUGAAACUUGCUUUCGAGACAGGAAUCCAUGACACUAUUGGCAUUGAUUUGGUUGCAAUGAGUGUCAAUGAUAUAGUCACUUCAGGUGCAAAACCUCUCUUCUUUCUUGAUUACUUCGCAACUAGUCAUCUUGAUGUCGACCUGGCUGAAAAGGUUAUUAGAGGCAUUGUGGAUGGCUGCCAACAAUCUGAUUGCGCGCUAUUGGGAGGAGAGACUGCAGAGAUGCCAGAUUUCUAUGCAGAGGGUGAAUAUGAUCUCAGUGGUUUUGCAGUCGGCAUUGUUAAGAAGGAGUUGGUCAUUGAUGGGAAUAACAUUGUAGCUGGGGAUGUUUUGAUCGGAUUACCAUCUAGCGGAGUCCAUUCUAAUGGGUUUUCUCUUGUCAGAAGGGUGUUAGAUCGAAGUGGUCUUUCUCUGAAGAACCAACUUCCUGGAAAUGACCUUACUUUAGGUGAGGCUCUAAUGGCCCCUACUGUCAUAUAUGUCAAGCAGGCUAUAUUCAAAAUAUACAUACAGGUGCUGGACAUAGUUGGCAAGGGAGGUGUAAAGGGCAUUGCCCACAUUACAGGAGGCGGUUUUACAGAUAACAUACCGAGAGUAUUCCCCAAAGGUCUCGGAGCUGCUAUUUACAACAACUCCUGGGAAGCCCCACCCGUCUUUAAAUGGAUCCAAGAGGCUGGAAACAUAGAAGACGCAGAGAUGAGACGAACAUUCAACAUGGGCAUCGGGAUGGUCCUAGUGGUGCCUAAGGAAGUAGGAAGAAGAAUCGUCGAGGAUGGAGAACACAAGGCGUGCCUAAUUGGCGAGGUCGUAGGGACCGAAGGAGUAAGCUAUUUAUAACCGCCGGAUUCAGUUUCUUCCUUUCGAGUGGUUUCUGAAACGGGACCAAGAUACCAAGAAGUUGCAGGCUGUUCGUGUGCUUUGCUCGUACCUGAGGGGAAUGCUCAAUGAUGUGUAGGGUAGCUAGAUCUCCUUCACCUAGAAUUUUGCAUGUAGCUCAACGGGAGAGUUUCUGACUUUCUGUAACAAGUCUUGAGGGGUAGAAUGUUAUAAUUCUGGUUUUUGUAACUGUACCUGAGGUCCUAUCGAAGGAAUGAGUUUUUAAUGAUGCAAUUGUGGUUCAAAAUAAGAAUUGCCGCCAAAAGAGAGAAGAAGAAGUUGUACCAUUUGUAAUUAAGGCUUGAUGAAAUCAUUAUCAUAAACUGAAAAAUUCUGAAACAAUAUCCUACAAAUUUAAACAUAUUACAAUCGAAAGAUCCCUUCAAAUUCUUUUCAUAUCCCCUGAUUCCUCUUCUAAAUUGUUUGUUGCUUUCCGACCAGGACAUAAAGGGCGUAUACCAUACCAGGAAUGUAUCCAAACAUGGUCAGCAACAAGUCUAUCCAGAAUUCCACCCCACAGCCAAAACGAAGGAAGACGCCAACCGGUGGUAUCAAAAUGGCCAAUAUCACCUCUAGGAAUGUCAUUGAACCCAUUCUCGCCGGUUUCUGUGUUAUGUUCUUUGCUAAGGUGAACGAUAUUUUGUGCUAUUAAAUCUGUUAUACGGAGAUGAUGUAAUGAACUUCUUGACCUAUAAGAACAAGAAAGAUGAGAGGUAAAGCAUGAGGGAGGG